CAGAGAGGCCCAGAGAAGUGGUGUGUGGUCCCCAGGAGGAAUCAGGCAUGGCCAGGAUGGAAUGCUUUACAUAACAAAGACCAGGUUGCUAGGAACACCCAGCUUCUAACACUAUUCCUACUCUGUGAAGCUAUCUGUACAGACUCACCACCCAACAACCUUCCAAUAUUCCUGCAGAUGGUGAUGGGGAGCCCACCAGAGAAGACCACUCAGACAUGCUUUAUAGCCAACUAUAUGUCUAGGAGUCAGCUUGAACAGGAGAAGAAGUUCCUAGAUUCUUUUGUCUGGGUAAACGAGAUCACUGGAGAAACCACCUUUCCUCCAGGGGAGGGGACUACACCUGCAGCCUCUGGAGAGAAGCGUCCGGCAAGGUCGAGGUCUCCGCGAGGGAACAUACCCUGCUCGGUGGCUGCUCACAGACCCGCUUCCCCAGUGAACCCCGAGGCUGUGGGCAGAGGCCCCGGGACAGGAAGCUUGCUUCUACCCGACCUGGGCAUGCCCCGUGUCCUGUCCCCACCAGGGAGCGCUCUGCCGACGCAGGACCACCUGGGAGUGUCCCCUCCACUGGCCCGGGUGUUUCCAGCUAGCCCCUCUCCGCCCUGGGCCCUGUCCUGCAAGCUAAGGAACGUGCUGACAGGAAACAACCGGUUUUCCUUUUGAGCUAGGGAGUGCCAAGGGAGCGGUCGCCCAUCUACACUUGCAGUGCCCUCUGAAGGUCCCAUCAGCCGCACCCCCAGAAGAACAAGUUUACAGGAAUCGGCAAAACGCUUUCAGACCCAAUACAAACUUUUCUGAUUGCCUUCUA